AUGAUCGGACAGCACUUGAUAAUCCAAGCCACCUAUCAGGGAAAUAACUGCAAGAUACUAUCUAUCUCAUACCGAAACUCUUCCCCCCCAGCCUCCUUCGUGGCAGAAACCGCCGCCCCUCCGAUAACACUCGCGACUCGAGUAUCCCGGACCAUAUGCUCUGCCCCCAACGGGUUGCCCCCUCUCCCUACGGCACCUCCUCAUAGUCUAUGCGCCUCUCAACGACCAGCAGCCACCUCCACGCGCGGUCCAGAGACGUUCUACGCCCCUGUCUCCUUCAAAAAGAUGGUAGUCGCCCGGUUGGGGAUCUAA